CCCCGGCGGCGGAGUUAGUUAUUAUCCGACAUGAAAUCGGGUUGUUACAGUUUUCUUCACAGAAUGGAAGUAGACGUGGAGGUGUUACGGACUAAACUUCCUUGACUUUCCAGGAUAUUGAGUUGUAUACCGUUUUGUUCUAAGUACAAGACAGCUGUAACAGCGAAGGGAAUCUCUGUGGCUCCUAAUCUCAUAGUGUCCCCCGCAUGGACGAUGAGGAGGAUGAUGUGUUUGAGCCAGACCCCCACUGCUGGCGUACUGCAUUCAGGGAGAUAAAGUGUGAAGACCGGGGCACACAGACAGCUGGCCCUACCCUGGCACCGAACAACAGUAUGCUGCCCUGUGGAGUUGCAGAGGAUCCCAGACCACUCUUCUAUGGCAACGCAGGUUUUCGAUUGCACUUCCCAGCACACUUUGAGCUUGUUGGGGAUCAGGAAGCGAGGCGACAAGAGGAUCAAAACGGGAUGGAGCAUCUACCCCGGCAGCAACGUGUGGCGCGCAGUGUGGAGGCCUGUAUUGGCCAGAAACUCCAGCUGAUAGGAGAUCAGUUUCAUCGAGAACACCUACAGCUGUAUCAUCGAAACCAAAGGAACCAGGGGCCGCUGUGGUGGCGCCUGGCCACAACUCUGCUCAGCCUUCUGUUUGAUAGGGGGUUCAUUGCUGGAGGAGGCGGAGCGGGACGGAGGUGAGACGGUCAUCCCCUCCCAUCAAUUUUUUUUAAUUCUUCUACCUGAGGAACUGGACUCAUAAAGGCACUGUCAAAUCUAACAUGGGUCUGGGGAAGGGGCGCGAAAAGGAGGCAAAAGGUCACCGCGGGACGGAGACAACCAACUUUUAUACAAGGUCGUGUGGUUUUUUUGGGGCCGGGGGGUUUCCUUUCCAAAAAGAUGCCAUGAUGUUUUGAGAUCCCUCUACAGGACAGUGUUCACAUUUUGGUAUAUGUGCAGUGUAGUAGUUUUGUACAGUACAUUGUUCUUGUUCAGUUGUUUGCACGUGAGCAUACAUCUGCCUUUAAUGACCUCCACAGACCCUGGGAAUGCCUUAUUCGGUGUCUUCUGUCAGAAUGAUUAUUGAGCAGUUUUGGCAGUCAAGAUGAGAUGCUUAGGUGUGAGGUUUUCUUUUCUGAAGUUUUCCAGGUAACCAGUCAAGUCAUUUUACUAAUUUUUCAAAGAGGCAACUUUUCAGAACAAAACCUUUUGCACUUCAUCUCAGAUAGACAUUUAUCCAUCUAUCUAUCGGUUUUCUUUAUGUUUUUGAUCUUGAACAUGAUUUCUCAGUAUUGUUCAAACUCUUGGGAACAACAGAAGGUUUCUGCACACAAACACAUUUGCACACAGAUAAUGCGAUCUAAAUACUGUAUCUUUGAAUAUGCACAGAUAAGGUGAGCCUUUCUUCAGUUAUGUGCUACAUGUCAAACAGGUGGGACUUUGUGAUGGUUCAGGAACUAUUGAGGUAGAGUUUUUAGUACUGAAUGCCACCUUCUGGUUAAAUAAGCCUGGUGACUGCUGAUUUAAAAGUAAAUGAAUUAAUCGAUAUUGUAAAAUCAUCACAUGGUUUCCCCCAGUUGUCUGAAAAACAAAAUCACCUCAUUGAAAAUGUUCUUAUGAGCUUUCUUUGCCAUAUACCAGUUUAGAUUACAACAGUAUUAUUCUAUGUUGCCAUUCUAUUCCUGUAGUAAUCAGACAACAGUGAUUCAGUUGUCUUAAGGGGUAUUUGUUCAUCUGCCAUGCAGUGGCCAUCUUGAUUACCUGUGGGUGGCUAAAUCAUGUUUGAGAUGUAGCACACUGAACAGAUAUUUGGAUUAAAUUUAUGGGGUGCUGACUUGACUUUUGCAUGCACAGAGAGAACUUCUGAUGGUCCAGCACUGUGCACUAAAUUAUAACUUUAGAGUCAAGCACAUUAUUUGCUAUAGCAAAGUAACAUGUUCUUUUCUUCCAACAAUAACAAAGCCGUUUGGCCAAGUCUGCCAUUAUGACUUUCAUACUAAUUUCACCAGAUACUCAGUUUUCAGCUUGGCUCUGUUUCCUCUUUCAUUCUCUGAUAGAAGUUUUUCCUUCAUUUUAAACGUGUUCUUUUUAUGUGAUUGUUUUUGGACCUCCAUGCCCUUGAAGUGGAGCUGUGGAUCCACAGUUUUUGCACUAAACUUACAGCCUUUGAGAGUUCAGAUCAUGACCAAGCUAACUCCUGUCUUGUAUGAAGGUUUUCAGUUACGACUUGUUUCCUUGCCACAACAUUUCAGUUGUACUCAUUCUCAUGUCCAAGACAAAUAGUCAAUGUUGAGAAAUGACUAAACACAGUCCAGAACCUGGAUUGGAUAUGAGGUUCUAGAAAUUUAAUGUACCAGUGUUUCAGGCUACAGUAGAGUUACAAUGGAGCCACAUGUCUCGACUGAAAGAUUUCUAAGUCCUGGUUUGCUUUUCACAGCUUGUGUGUGUUCUGAACACCAAACAGUCUAUGAAACAGAAUCUCUUCCUCUCAGGCUACCUUUAUGGGGUGUUACAUAUUUUUGAUCUUUGGUGCUCAGAUCCAGAUUUGGGACAUUUUAUUAUCCACUGCUGACUCAGCAGACUAACAGUUGCUGAAAUGAAGCAAAUAGGAAAAAGAAUUGUUGAAAUAUAUGUUCGAAGACACUGUCGAAGAUGCUGUUUGUUGCCUGUUUCAUUGCUGAACCCAGGCCAAUGUUUUGACCCAAGGAACAGUACAUAUCAGGGGUCUGUAAUUACCUGCUCCUUCCAGGCUUUUCACCACAGAGUUAGGGUUUCCUCUCUUUCUUAAAGACUUCUCAGGGACAGACUUUCUAGACUACUGGUAACCUUGAGUAUCUAUUAGAUGGCUGGAAGAAUAGCAGUUUUCACCUGCUUAUUGUCAUGUCUCUUGUUUUCAUUUCAGUUAAAAUGGCCUUUUGACUAGUUUCUCAGCACACACAUAGAGUAUAGGUACAGUUUGACUGAGUAGUCUGAGGCGGACGUGCUGACUGUGGUGGCGACGGGGGCUACAGAGCAUGUAGUGAGUAGGCCUGUGAGGUGCACUGACUGUGGUUGUGGUUAUAGUUUCCUGCGGAUCGUGAACGCUGAGCCAGUCCCUGUAGUGCCUUGUCUCACCAUUGGCUCCUGACUUCCUCUUUGUGCUGCUCCUUCAUUACAUGGGUAUCAUUUAUUGAUUUUUUUUGUUUUGUUUUGUUUUGUAAUUUAUUUUUUCCUUCUUAUUUAUUUUUUGUAUAUUUGCCCCUAUCUACUGUAUACACUCGUGUGUGCAAUUCCUUCUUAUUUCCCUAUUUUGUUUUGGUCUUGGACUUAUGUAGGCUUCAGCUGUUCGACUCUGUACAGAGCCAGUUGGUUUGCAUUGCACCUGACAUUGCUUCUAAUGAUAUUCAACACAAAAUAUUCUUUAGUAUCACAAAGCAUGAAUAGGUUUGAAAUGGGAGUGCUGUAAGAAGUUUGUUUUUCCCACAAAGACCAGCAGCUAUAGCCACUCUAAAUUCAUAUUUUUUACUAAUGGAAAACACUAGGGAUUGGAUGCUAGGACUUUUUCUUUAUAUGAUUCAGUGCACAAUAUGGUGAGUACAAUUUGGUUCAGUCACCGUACAUUUAAAAGCCUAAUGACAACAAUGUGUGAAUAGCUGUGGAAUACAGCUAUUUGUUCCUCUUUUCUCCCCUUUUUUAGCACUGGUUUGAUAAUGUAUAGAACAACCGGAUAUGUUGACUUAUUUUCUCUACCAUUACAAAAAAUAUGAAGCCGCUGUUGUAUGGACACCACAUGAUAUAUAUAU